CAUUUACGGCGGAGCGUCCGCGAGCCUCCGAGGCUGGAGGAACGGAAGUGGCCGUUCGCAGCUCCUACGAAGUUGGACAGAGGAAAACAGUUCUAGAGAUGGAUGGUGGAGGAUGGAUGUACAUUAAUGCCACAGAGAUGCACACUUAAAGGACUUAGGCCCUGCGACCUCUACCUGAGCUUUCUCAGCCAGCAGACGUCCAGCCGGCAGAAAUGCAAAUGGCCAGUACUCAUAUGGAAAAAUGUUCAAAUUGACGGCCUAGUAACAAGGAAACAUAUCCGGAGCCAACCCUGAAAUACUACUUUCACAGAACCGAUGGCAGAGAGAGAAGAUGACACAACCCUUCCAUAUUGCCCCGUGGGGUCCACCCCCACCAGACAUCAUACCUGCCCCGAUCACAGGCGCUAGAAGUUUCGUUUUUCUAUGCCACUGGUUCUUAAAGGUCGGCUCCAGGCCUGGGUGAGGGCUGCUCCCUGCCAUACAUCGUCAACCUUGCAGAGUCUGUCAAGCACCCACUCUGCUCCAGCAAGGGGAAGCCUCCGAAAAACGUUCAAGACACGGGCCCUACCUUCCAGCCGCCAGCACUGGGGGCAGGGGCUCUGAAAUCACAGACCCACUCUGGGAGCGGCACCUCCAUGGAUGUCCACACACUUCCCAGGAGCCAGGCUGGAUCACAUCUUCUGGGAGAAGACCUCAGGCUGGGCUGUCCCAGACUCAAGCUCCGGGCAGUGGGCCUUGUCUGCUGGGAAUGGCUCAUCAGAGGUGGAAGUGGUGCCCUUCCAGGAAGUGUGGGGCCGCAGCUACUGCCGGGCGCUAGAGAGGCUGGUGGACAUCGUGUCGGAGUACCCCAGUGAGGUGCAGCACAUGUUCAGCCCCUCCUGCAUCUCCCUGCUGCGCUGCACCGGCUGCUGUGGUGAUGAGAACCUGCACUGCGUGCCCGUAGAGACGGUCAAUGUCACCAUGCAGCUCCUGAAGAUCCACUCUGAGGACCGGCCCUCCUACGUGGAGCUGACAUUCUCUCAGCACGUCCGUUGCGAGUGCAGGCCUCUGCGGGAGAAGAUGAAGCCAGAAAGGAGGAGACCCAAGGGCAGGGGGAAGAGGAAGAGAGAGAAGCAGAGACCCAGAGACUGCCACCUGUGCGGCAAUACUGUUCCCCGGAGGUAACCAGCCCCUCAGAAAAGAGACAACCCCCACCCGGCUCCUGUAUUUAUUACCGUCACACUCUCAGUUACCUCCCUGCUGACACCUGCCCUCUAUUUAUUAGCCAAUUGUAUCCCUGCUGAAUGAUUUGCUUCCUCCAGGAUGAGGGGCAGGGAGGGACAGGACCCUCAGGAAUUCAGUGCCUUAAACAGAACGUGAGAGAAAGAAAGAAGGCAGCCACGGACCCAUGUGUGUUUCAGCUGCGGGAGAAGCGCGCAGACGCGGCUUUGUGAGGGGCACGCCAGGGCCCGGCGGGCUUCCCGGGAGCAGGAGACGGAAUGGGACCUGCCUCCUGUUCCGACCCUGGACCGUGUGGACCAACAGCGCUGGCUUUGGGAGCCCCUCGCCCCGGCAGGAGCGGAGGAGCCUGUUCUGUCGCCCGGGCCCAGGCUGGAGGGGAAGGCACGCCGGGGAUGGAGGGGUCCUUCUGCGUCCUCCUCCUCCUCCUCCUCUGGGCAGCAGCUCCGCACCCUGGAGAUCCGCCGACCCCAGAGAACGAUGCUUGCCUGGGGACCUUUGCCACUCCUCGCGCCCUAGUCUGUCCUGACGUCUUGCACUGCUUCGUGCUGGGACAUUGUUCUUUACGGUCAAGGCAUCACCACCUGCCCCUCUCAGGGACACAAGCAAAGAGGCGGCCCUAGGCCGGACGUGGAGCAAGCCGCCCCUCGGUGGCUGUCCGGCUGCCAAGCCAGAUUCUCUUGAAUAAAGUAUUCUAGUCUGGAGA